AUGCAGGCUAGUGAUAGGUUCAACAUCAAUUCCCAGCUUGAGCAUCUUCAAGCUAAAUAUGUUGGAACUGGGCAUGCGGAUUUAAAUAGAUUUGAGUGGGCAGUGAACAUUCAGCGUGAUAGCUAUGCAUCAUAUGUUGGCCACUACCCUAUUCUCGCAUAUUUUGCUAUUGCUGAAAAUGAAUCGAUUGGAAGAGAACGCUACAGCUUCAUGCAGAAAAUGCUCCUGCCUUGUGGUCUGCCUCCAGAGAGGGAAGAAGAUUGAGAGUUGCCAUCCGGAUCACACCGUGGAUCAUCACUGCUGGUUGUAGCAUUGGACCGUUUAUGAUAUUAUGUUGGUCAGAUGGUUUUAUUACUUGUAUGGCACUGAUUAGAGUUUGUUUUGCCCUCUGUGAGGGUUCUAGUGGCUCUAGCAUUAUUUGCUCUGGAGCUCAGAAAUUUAGAUAAGGGGAUAAUGUGCUUACUGCCUUGUUUAUUUAUAGUGUUAUCUUAAUGUUUUCCACCAGAGCAGAUCCUUUCUAAACUGGUCAUGUCACGUUAAGCAUUAGCUUGUGUUUUGAACCAUAUCAAUACGGCCUUGGAGUAACUUCUUAACGUGGCCAUUUUUAUAUUUGCCAAGCAAAUAGCUUUUGUUUCAUCAAUUUGAUAAAGUGAAUCAGUGAUGAUUCUUGAUGCA